AUGACACCACCCAGCUUCCUCCCCUCCUUCUCCUCAAAAUCAUCAAAACCCUACUUCAGCCUCCCCCAAGCCGAAGAUGGCGAACCUCUCCAACCCCAGCCAGAGAAAGGGCAGCAACAACAACGACAACGGUCCAUCUGGCCAAGCAAAGUCCUAACCUUCUGGAUCUUCAUGUCCCUCUUCUUCGCCUGCACAACGACCUGGUUAACUGCCGAGCUGCACGCGGUGAGGAAGCAGGGGAGUUUCGCGAGGGGGUUUAGGAAUGAGUUGGACGCCGCCAAACACCUAAUAUCCGUCAAAACCGUUCCCUUCGGCGGGAGCCCUCGCUUCAAGGAAGACGGCACAGAAUACGUACCAGAUAAUGGCGAGGAACAUGAGGCGUAUGUGGGUACGCCGAGGAGGGAGAUUGAUCAUAAUUGGGCUUUGCUGCAUUGGGGCCGGUUCUUUCUCCUGACGGGAGACGAAGCUAGGAGUGCUUGGGGUGAUGAGUAUAAAGAGUUUUGGAGUCCGAAGCAUGGGGGUUAUGUUGCUGCCCUAGAAGUAAUGCACACCCUCCACUGCCUCGACCACAUCCGCAAAGCCUUUUAUCCAGAGCACUACCCCGUAGACAGCGACAUUCACGGCACCCUCCACCGUGACCACUGCCUCGACCACCUGCGACAGACCGUCCUCUGUAAUGCCGAUCUGACGCCCAUCCCGUCGCGGUACUACCCUGCGCUCGGUCAGAAUUACAUCGACUCUGACCGUCCGCACACGUGUCGCGAUUUCGGCAGGAUUAGGGAGUGGGUGAGUGAACGGUUUAAUGGGAGCCUGAAGGUUGAGCCGGCGCCGGGGACUGUAGUGGAUGAUGAGUGGAGGAAUGGAGGGCCUAGUGGGGGAGCGAUGGGGAUGGGGCAUGGGCAUGGGGGACAUGGUGGUAGUGGUGGUCAUGGUGGUGAGCAGGGCCAUGGAGGACAUGGGCUUGGACGGGAUGUCGCUGCCUCUGAUGAGGGUAAGGUUGUUGAGGGUGGGCACGUGCCUCCUGCUCCUGGGCAGGGUAUGUGA